AUGGAUGUUGGUUCGGGAGACGUCUAUGCGAGACAGCUGGAGCUGAGCAAUAUGCUGAGCGCUAAAAUCCAGUCUGUGCAAGCGGAGUCCAAGCAGCUGAUGCACCAUCUGGCAAAAGUGAAGCAGCAAGUGAAAGAUGCAACUCUGCAGACCAUGAGUGGCAAUUGCACCACCAUCGACCGCGUCCAGUUCCGUUCUUAUCGGACGCUGAGGGGCCAUUUCAACAAGGUGCUUGCGCUCAGCUGGCAUCCCGACAGCAGACAUCUCGCGACCGCUGCGCAGGACGGGUUUCUGCUGUACUGGGAUUCUGUCACGGGGCUGAAGAAGGGCCUGAUCCGGCUGGACGACCCGUACGUGAUUUGCAGCGACAUCUCGCCGAACGGCCACAUGGUGGCCACCGGCGGGCUCGAAAACGCGUGCAUAGUGUACAAGCUGCAUUCUUCCCAGAACCCAGAGAUACAACAACGAAACUCGAUUGUGUCCAUUUUCAAGGGCCACAAGGAGUACAUCAGCGACCUGAGCUUUGUGGGGGACUCCCAGAUCCUCACCAGCUCCGGCGACAAGUCCAUACUUCUGUGGGACAUGGAGAAAGGCACCAAGUCCGUCACUUUCAACGGCCAUCUUGGAGACGUUUUGGGGCUGUCUGUAUGUCCGACAGACAGCAACUUGUUUGUGUCGUGCUCGUCGGACCGGCUGUCCAACCUGUGGGACAUCCGAUGUCCACUGAAUAGAAGACAGUUCCAAAUCUCGCUCACCCACGAUUCGUCCGCGGUCAAGUUUUUCCCCGACGGCUACUCGUUUGCCUGCGGCACCGACGACGGCGAGCUCAAGCUAUUUGACAUUCGCUCCGACAGCGAGCUGGCCACCUACCCGGUCAAGAUGGUCCACCAGCACGUGCGGCCGCAUAAGACGGAGGAGCUCUCGCUCAGCGACUCUGCGUCGUCGCUGCGUCUGAGCCACAAGUCCUCGAUGGUCGCGGCGCUGGACAACCCUGGUGUGCUCUCCAUAGACUUUUCCCGCAGCGGACGUCUGCUGUUUGCUUCGUACGCCGAGUACUCGUCAAUCGUGGUCUGGGACAGCGUGAUGGGCACCGUUGUGGGCACGAUGGACGGCCACCGCGACGCCGUGAGUGCGAUCAAAGUGUCGCCGGACGGGCUGGGCAUAGCGACGGCCUCGCGCGACCACACCAGCCGCGUCUGGUCGGUCUAG